AUGGAUAAACAAUCAACUGCCAGUGAAAAACAUCCUUCAGAUGGUUUUCUUCCCGAAACAGAUUAGGAUUUUACCCCUUCUGAUCUUGAAAGAAUUGAAAAACAAGCAGAAUCAAAAUUUUAAGUUUACUAAUAUAGGUUCUUUAACAUAGCUAUAUACAUUUUAGGAAUGAUGCAAAUAUCAAUUAUGCAAAAUAGUUUUGCUCCUUAAGCAAAUGAACUGAGUGUUGUUUAUGGUUUAAGCAGUACUGUGUAUAAUUUAACUUCUUUAGUUCAUAUGAUUAUGCAUGUCCCUGUUUCAUUCCCAGCAAAUUUUAUAGUCGAUAAAUAUGGUACUAAAGUAGGUAAUACUAUUGCCUGUGUGUUUAGUCUAGCAGCAUGCUGGAUCAGAUGUCUUGUAAAUAAGAGUUUUGCUUUCGCCAUCAUAGGGUAGCUACUUGUAGGUUGCGCUAAUCCUUUUCUUAUCAAUGCUAUUAACAAAAUAUCCUCAAAUUGGUUCUAUCCUUCUUCAAGAGCAGCUGUAACUGGCUUUUUAAGCUUCUUUUCUACUGUAACUGGAGUCGUAGGAUUAGUAAUUCCUGGUAUUUAUUUUUCAGGUUAUAAAGCUUCUGAUGAUACAAGUGAUAAUUAUCAACACGGUAAAGAUUUAACUUUUAAUCUCCUCCUUAUUUCUGCAGUAAUCGUAUCUUCUACUAGUGUUUUGAAUCUAUUGUUUUACAAGGAUAAACCUGCUACUCCUCCUAGUUUUUCAGCUAAUGUUGAUAGAGAAGAUUUUAAGACAGCUUUGUAAAUUUUGAUCAAAAAAAGAACAUAUGUCUUAAUUACGGUAUGCUUUUCUUUUUGUUAUGGAUGCUUUAUUGAUUUUGCAGUUGUCCUAGGGCAAUUAGUUGGACCUUAUGGUUUUGAAUCUUAACACACAAGUACUUUGAGUGUCGUAUGUGUAUUUUCUGGUGUAUUUGGAAGUGUUAUUUUUAUCAGAAUGUUAAAAAAGACUAGUGCUUAUAAAAAAUUAUCAGGAUUAGGUAUACUAGGAACUAUUGUAGCAUCUAUUUUGAUGAUAUUCAUUCUCUAAACAGAAAUAUUUGGUUUAUUAAUAUGUUGUGCAGUCAUUUUAGGUUUCUUUGUAAUUCCUAUCAUCCCUAUAUUACUUGAGUUGGCUAAUGAAGUUUGUUUCCCAAUUGGUGAAGCAACAGUAACAGGUUUUAUCUAUACAAUUUCUCAUGUAGUUUCAUUCUUAUUAGGUUCCUUAUUCAGUUUAAUUAUAGAUUCAGCUAAAGACUCAAACGAGAAAAUGGGUAGCGUAUAUGUGCUUAUUGCAUUUGUAGCUAUAUUUGCUGUUUCACUCUCUACUGUAUUCUUUAUGAAAUAAGACUUAAAAAGAACAAAAGCCGAAAAGGAUUAGGUUGUGGAUCACAGUGAUUCAAAGAUUGUUAACCAUAUUGACAUAGAUGAAAAAGAAAAUGCAGAUAUGCAUAUUCCCUUAAAUAAAUAAUAGAAUAAUUCUUUAGUGAGUAGCUCUAAGUCAGAUUGA